AGGCAGGGCAAGGAGCAGGCGCCAGGCCCUUUGCUUGGCCAGGACAAGGGGAAGGACAGGGCUUUGCCCACAGGAUACGGCCCUACCCCACACAGGGAUGCCAGGGCCUCAUCCGGGUUGGGCCAGGCACUGGACAUGGACAAGCAAGAGGCCAAAUUUUGGGGGGGGGGGGCAAUUCCCUGACCCAUGUUAACUAGAGGUCCCAUGUUCCCCUCCAUGGGUGACAUGACCCAGGCGAGCAGCUGGGCUGUGGGCUCCACCUUUGCCUUCACCCGACAGGAGUGGGGCUGCGGUGUCUCCGUCGGAGGAAGGGAAGGGAAGGGAAGGGAAGGCAGGCGGGCAGGAGGGCAGGAGAGCAUCUCCUGGAGGGCAGGCCAAGAGGGAGGAUGAUGUCCAGGAAACCACGGGGUCUUCCGCUGCUCAGAGAGGGAGGAAGAGCGACAGACAGACAGAGGCGGACUCUGCUGCUGGGCUCCCUUGGAGGCGGCGCCGUCCAGGGCAGGGGAGCUGGGAGCGCAGAGGCGAGGGCCUGACGGGCACGAGAUGCCGCCCCCCUGCCCCCCGGCGCUGCUCCUCCUCCUGCUGACCCUGCUGGCCAUGGCAGCCACCGCCGGGGACCCGCCCGAGGUCUGUGACCUGGAGAUGAACAAGACCAAAGACCUGCUCCAGGUGAGCUGCGUGGCGAAAGGGCUGAGCGGGGUGCCCACCGGGCUACCCAAGGACACGGGCAUCUUGCUCCUGGCGUCCAACCGCCUGGCCCGGGUCUCCCUGGCCUCCUUCCAGCACCUGAGCCUGCUGAGCGACCUGGACCUCUCCAACAACAGCCUGACCACCCUGGAGGCGGCCAGCGGAGCCCUGCCCGAGCUUCAGCAGCUGGUGCUCUCCCGCAACGCCCUGGCCCGCCUGCCCGCCUUCCCAGGGCUGCCCCGGCUCUGGCGCCUGGCCCUGGGGCACAACGCCCUCUCGGAGCUGCCCGAGGGGGGCUUCCGGGCCCUGAAAGCGCUGCGGGACCUGGAGCUCCAGGGGAACCGCCUCCGCCAGCUGCCGCCGGGAGCCUUCGCCGGCCUGGCCCGCCUCCGCGACCUGGACUUGUCCGACAACGACCUGGAGUCGCUCCCCCGGGAUCUGCUGGCCGAGCUGCGGCUGCUGGAGAUCUUGCGGCUGGAGCGGAAUCGGCUCCAGAGCUUGCCCGACGGCUUCUUCCCGGAGGAGACCCCCUUCGCCUUCGUCUACCUGGAGGAGAACCCCUGGCGCUGCGACUGCCGGGUCGCCUAUCUGCGGGACUGGAUCCUCGAUUACGACACCGUCUACACCCGCACGCCGGGCCCCGAGAAGGAGAUCACCGAGAACAACCCGAGGAGCGUGAGGUGCCGCACUCCGGCCGCGGCCGAGGGGCAGCCCCUCAUCGACUUCCAGAUGGACUGCGGGGGCCUGGGAGAC